AUGAACAUCGCUUGUCAAGUUGUGGGCCGGUACGUGAUAUAUUACAACACGAGAGAGGGAAACCUGACCCAGAAGCCCACUUAUUCAAAGGAAGCAUACAUUGAACUGUGUGAAGUCGAAGUGUUUGGCUGCCCUGAACUUGGCUUCAAAGGACCGUAUUGUGACGAACCUUGUCCAAAUAAUUGUCAAUACUGUAACCCCAAAACUGGGGAAUGUAUUGGAGCCUGCAACCCAGGAUACUAUGGUGAACAGUGCAAAUUCUACGAUCGGGGAAACCUAGCCCUACAUAAACCGACAUUCCAGUCCUCCACAUUUUUUAGUACUACCGGAAGUAAGGCUGCUGUUGAUGGUCAAAAGAAUGACCUGAGUUUGUAUUCGGGUCAUUGCGCUGUGACCUCUGAGCAUCAAAACUACGCUCUCUGGAGAGUUGACCUCCUGCAAAGGCGUAAAAUUGAAAGGCUUACCUUACAAGCUUUGACUUCUGUUUCCAAAUGGGAUGGGAAAAAUAAUUAUACAGGACUUCUUCUGGGCUUUACAUUAACAGUUUCUAACUCCACCAAUCAAAAUGAGGGUGUCGUCUGCUACAAAGACACAAACCAUACAAGGUCAACUAUACCUUUCUCAUUCGAUAUAAGCUGCCCUGUGAUUGGUCAAUAUGUCUCGUAUUACAAUGAAAGACUCCCGGACAUUAGCUAUCCAGCUGGUUACAGUCAAUACGCCCAGUCAGCUCUGUGUGAAGUCGAAGUGUAUGGUUGUCCAAUUCCUGGAUUUGACGGUCCGCAUUGUGCUGUCCCUUGCUUCUCUAGCUGCAAAAAUCAUCUAGAAAAUCUAGCUCUCUGGAAACCAACAUAUCAGUCUUCCACGCGAUCUGGCGCUUCCGGUUCAGAGAAGGCAGUUGAUAACCGGAAAUCUGAUCGGACGUUUCGCGGUGGUCAAUGUUCAGCAACUUUACCGGAUACUAAAGCAAUUUGGCGAGUUGAUCUGAAAGAUAUAUAUCGGUUAGAUCGCAUUGUGAUAUAUUUUAGGACAGAGAACAAGACAUGGGAUGAACACAACCCUCAUAGAGCUGUGCCCCUUGGGUUCUACCUCUACAUCUCUAACACAACCGAUAUAACGACCGCUGUCCGAUGUUAUCACGCUAAUUAUUACACAAUCUACGAUCUUCCGGAUGUUAUGCACAUUCUCUGCGCAUUGUCCGGACGUUACAUCAUAUACUACAACGAACGGAAAGAAGGAUAUGUCUAUCCUGCAAACUAUUCCCAGUAUGCAUUUGCUGAUUUGUGUGAAGUGGAAGUCUAUGGUUGUCCUGCCCCUGUAGAAGAUGGACCAAGGUGUACUCGUCCCUGCCCAACUAACUGUGAACAGUGUUACCCACAUACUGGGGUCUGUCAAAAAUGCAAACAUGGCUACAAAGGGACUGAAUGUGAACCUGUUGUUUGCAGUGCCUCUGCCUCCAUAAGUAUUUCCCCAAACAGUAGAAUUAAUAGUCCUGACUACAAUGCAAUAUAUUCGGCGGACGGACUCACGCUUCCUUCCAAUGGACGACUCCGGGUGGUGUAUAUCUACAUUACGUUGCCAAAGCUGGCAUCCGACCUAGCUUACUUGCAUAUAUCUAUUGUUAAAGCUGAACAUUUCAAUGUAUUGUUUCUCUCAGACAAAAUGGAAAAGACUGAGUAUGAUCAAGAUGUUGUGGGCCCUUUUCAUGGUCGCAUAUAUGCACGUACCAACUAUGGCUCUGUAACCCAAGUUAUCCGUAUUAAAGUACGAUAUAGGAAUUCGUUCACCAUAUCCAAUCUCAAACUUCCUCUGAAGACGUGUAGAAAUGUUACAACGCACACAUAA